AGCCGCCGUCCUUCCUCCUUCUGUCAAAGCCGUUGUUCUGUCAAAUUCGCUUUUAUUGGAGCAAGCGUGUAUUCUUCUUGUUUUCUUCAACAAUGGAAGAAGGUAAUUUAAGUAAUUCUUAUGUUGAUUCUAGAAAAUAUUUCUUCUCUUUUACCUCUAUUCUUCCAUCAUUCUCCCAGUUACGAAAAUCAUUGUGUUAGAGUUGAUGUCGAUUUUUUCUUUUUUUUUUAUACUUCUCGUCGUCGCCAUAUUGGAGCAGCCCCGUAUCGUGCCAUAUUAUCGUUUUCGUGUUCUUCAACAAUGGAAGAAGGUGGUUUGAAAGAACUUCGUAAUUCUCUUCAAGCUGGAACUCCUCCAACGUCGGCCUUUGAAAAGAGGUGCAUGAUUGAAGUAGUAGAGGUCCAUCCUUCGGAAGUUGUAAAGACCAAGGGUCAUGCUAGCAGCUCCGCGAGCCGACUGAUUUCAAAGAGAGAAAAGGCUGUAAAGGAGGCUAUUAGGCCUCUUAGACGUUGUAAGGCGUGCGAUGAGUUAGGCCAUCACGACUCUAGAAACUGUCCAAUGCUUAAAGAGAUGGCGAAGGAGAAAGAGCUUAGUAAAGGCAAGAGGAAAGCUUGAUGUGUUUUGUACCUAAAAAAUUAGUUUUCGUCUUGUAUUCAGUUUUAUUAUUU